ACUAGUGGUUUUCAGUGUUGAAAACACAACACCAAGUGGACGUCUAUCCGGUCAGCUGUUUUGAGAGUCAAACUCGGAAUCAUUUAAAACAAAAACAAAAAAGAUCACAAGGAUAUCAUCAUCAACAACAACAGUAGGAUUCAACGUAAACCAUAGAUAGACACGUUACACAUAUUGCUACCUUCUUGUACCCAGCAAGCUCAUUACAAUGGGAUCCAGAGCGUCAACGUUACUGAGAGAGGAGGAGAUUGAAGAAAUCAAAAAAGAGACCGGCUUUUCCCACAGCCAGAUCACCCGGCUCUACAGUCGCUUUACCAGCUUGGACAAAGGAGAGAACGGCACGCUCAGUCGGGAGGAUUUCCAACGGAUACCAGAGUUGGCCAUCAAUCCUCUGGGAGACAGAAUCAUCAAUGCCUUCUUUCCUGAGGGGGAGGACCAGGUCAACUUCAGGGGCUUCAUGAGGACGCUGGCUCACUUCCGUCCCAUAGAAGACAACGAGAAGAACAAGGACCCCAUUGCCUCCGAGCCGCUCAACAGCAGGAGCAAUAAACUGCUCUUUGCUUUCAGGCUGUACGACCUGGACAGAGAUGAUAAGAUCUCCCGUGACGAGCUGCUACAGGUUCUUAGAAUGAUGGUUGGUGUGAACAUCUCUGACGAGCAGCUGGGCAGCAUCGCUGAUAGGACCAUCCAGGAGGCCGACCAGAACGGAGACAACUCCAUUUCUUUUAAUGAGUUCAUCAAGGUACUGGAGAAGGUGGACGUGGAACAGAAGAUGAGCAUCCGCUUCCUGCACUGAGACACUAAUGGGCUUCCUGACAGGACUGUCUCUGAUUGGCUGGACCCUCCACCUUCACAAUGCCCGUUGGACCAAGACCCAAGCUAUGUCCCAAAUGGCACCCUAUUCUCUAUGUAUUGCACUCAUUUUGACCAGUGCCCAUAGGGGUCUGUUAUGUAGUGCACUCAUUUUGUUUAGGUCCCAAGUCAAAAGUAGUGCACUACAUAGCAAAUAGGAUGCCGUUUUGGACGCAGCCUCACACCCAUCUCAACACUAUGCACUCUCUCUCUGACCCCUCCAGUACUAUGCUC